AUGUGGGAUCAGACUGCAGAGAAACUCUUCCUUGUGCUAGCUCUGGCAGUGCCAGCGCAGGCAUGUUUCGGCGGCGGUUGUUGCUCCUCACCGCCAUGUGGUAUGCAAAUUCAGUGCUGCUGCCUUCAGCCACCUCCGCUCUGCUUACCCUCACUGUCAUUGGGCGGUUGCUGCGGUGGUUGCUGUUGUCCUGGUGGAGGUGGCGGAUACGGCGGUGGUGGCGGCGGAUACGGUUUGCCGGUUGGCGGCGGAGGAGGAUACGGUUUGCCAGGCGGUGGCGGUGGCUACGCUACUGGAUAA